UGUUUUUAUCGUUUAAUUUCGGAUUUUUAACUUUUAAUAAAAUGUCGAACAAAGGCUUUCGACUUCUAAACAUCGAUAAAAAGGACCAACGACACGAAAAAGUAUGGCUAGCUGCAGUGAAUCCGGCGGAAUUUCAACGAUCAAUGAGAUUCGAAAAUUGUGAACUGAUUUCGGUUCCAUCAAUUUGUGAUGAAAUUGCAGAAAAGUUAAAUGAAGACGCUUCCGAGUUGGUGGCAACCGAACUGAGCCCGGAGGCCUCGAAACCCACGCGUUCAUUUUUGGUGGCGUCUCAGUUUUUUGUUGGUCUGGUCUAUGUGCAUCAACGACAAGUGCAAUUUGUUUACGACUGGGUUUCUCACUACACAAUCCCAACAAGAUUUUUGAUUGAGAAUCAGAACAUUGGCUCGAAGACUGAGUUCGAAGAAGAAACAGACCCUUUGCCAAUGCGCUCAACUUCGAAGAAAGGAUUGAAGAGGAAAAGCUCAACGAAAACGGCAAGAAGUUCGAAACGCAAGAUUUCGUUGACUCUUGACACUUCCGACGACCACGACGAUAUUGAGGCACAAAAUUUGAAAACUUUGGAUCUGUUGCAAAGUUCAGUGGUGUCAAAAAAUGGCGACAUUUCAAUUCAUGAGCCCGAACCAAUUGCUGUUAGUGAAUCCAAUGAAUUCACUUACUGCUUUGACAUGCAAUUCAAUGAAGAUGUUUUCGGUUCCGAACGAAACGAUGUCGGUAAGAAAUUCUCAGCCUCAAAUCUCAACCGCAGAUCUCAACAUUUUUCCGGUAAUUUUUGA